AUGCUCGUCCUCGCCGAGACCGCUAUUGGAUUUGUCGUGUUCAAGCUGAGCAGUGAUGCCAAGAUUGACAACAAGGAUCUGUGGAAGGAGUUCGAGACGCCCGAGAAGGCCAAUAAGGCCUUGAAGGUGCAGGCGAUUCAGCGAUUCACAUCGACUGCGUCGGCCGUGGAGGAUCUGGCGGCGGUACAGGAUGGGAGAUUGACGGAUGGAUUGAGCAAGUUCUUGGUAGAUGCUGUAGGAGGCGGUGCGGAUGGGGACAAGAAGAAGAAGAAGUCCAAAUUGGAAGAGAUGCUCGUUGUUUCAGAGCCCAAGCUUGCCUCGACUAUCCAAAAGACCCUCUCCAUCCCCGUUCUUUCCGACUCGACCACCCAGGACCUGUACCGUGGUAUCCGCCAACAGCUCGCCUCGUUGCUGGGCGGUAUCGACCAAAAAGACCUCAACACCAUGUCCCUCGGUCUCGGUCACUCUAUGUCCCGGUUUAAGCUCAAAUUCUCGACAGACAAGGUGGAUACUAUGGUCAUUCAGGCCAUUGCGCUGCUGGAUGAUUUGGACAAGGAGAUCAACAUCUAUUCCAUGCGUGUCAAGGAAUGGUACGGUUGGCACUUCCCCGAAAUGGGCAAGAUCAUCGUCGACAACCAAGCCUACGCCCGCGUCGUCAAAGCCAUGGGCUUCCGUACCAACGCCGUCAACACCUCUUUCGACCUCAUCCUCCCCGAAGACCUCGAGGCGACCCUCAAGGCCGCCGCCGAGUUGUCUAUGGGUACCGAAAUUUCGGACACGGACAUGACACACAUCCACUCCCUCUGCGACCAGGUGAUCUCCAUCUCGGAAUACCGCACCCAGCUCUCAGAGUACCUCCGGAACCGGAUGCAGGCGAUCGCACCGAACCUUACGGCGCUGGUCGGUGAUCUCGUGGGUGCGCGGUUGAUCAGCCACGCCGGGAGCUUGAUGAACCUCGCCAAGCACCCGGCUUCGACGGUGCAGAUUCUCGGAGCGGAGAAGGCGUUGUUCAGGGCGCUGAAGACAAAGCACGAUACUCCCAAGUAUGGUCUGAUCUACCACGCAUCACUCGUUGGCCAAGCACCACAAAAGCUCAAGGGUAAAAUGGCCCGAAUGGUCGCUACCAAGGCCGCCCUUUCCAUCCGUAUCGACGCCCUUUCCGACGCCGACUCGCGUUCCGACGCCGCCGCGGCCGAGGUAGGCGUGACCAACCGCGUCAAGCUCGAAUCCAGAUUACGCGCCCUCGAGCACCGUGCGGGCAUCCAGUCCGUCCGGCGCGUCACCACCGGUACCGCCCGCCCUACACCCCGCUGGGAAAUGAACGGCGCUGGCGCCACAAACGGGUACAAUAACGCCAACGACUCGGUCAAGCUGGAGAAUGGCGUGAGGGAGAUGCUGCCUACUCAGCCGGUCAAGGAGGAGAAGAAGCGGGAGAAGGAGGAAAGGAGAAAGGAGAAGAAGGAGAAGCGAAAGUCUGUGGGACCUGUAGUGGAUAUUGGGGAUGUGAGCAUGGGUGGGGAUGAUGAGGAGAAGCCAGGAGAGACCAAGGAGGAGCGCAAGGCCAGGAAGGAGGCCAAGAAGGCUGCCAAGGCGGCAAAGAAGUCGGCAGAGGGCGCAGCAGCAGCGCCUACACCAGAAGUCAAGGAGAAGUCUUCCAAGAAGCGGUCAGCGGAAGAUGGGGACGCUGACCGGAAAAAGAAGAAGAAGCGCGAGUCGACGACCGCCUAG